AUGGACACGUCCGAUGCAGCUCCUUCUUCGCCCACUGCUUCUCCGGAUGAGUGGGCGGUCGUGAACAGCGACGCAGAGAUCGUCGCAUUGGUGCCGAGCAAAGCGAAAGUCGAAGAGGAAGGGGUUGACACGUCCAGCGACGAGGUGCCCGAAGGGUUUGUGCCGAUUCGCUUGCGACAGGGCGAAACGAUUCGACCUGCGUGGUUCAAAGCUACACAGCGCGUCGAUGACUUUGUCGGCAAGUUCUUUGCCGACGAGCUCACCCGAUGCCGGAAGAUUCGGCUCAUUUACAUGGGCAUGCUGCUGCUUCCGAGUCGCACAAUGGGCGAGUACGGCAUUGACGAGAAUGGCGUGAUCCAUAGUGUUAUCACUGAUGCGCCACCAGAGUCUCACUUGCAGGCAAUGCCGCCUGCAAGUCUCGUGAGCUGGAAGCCACAGAGCGCGCUACUAGUUUUCACUGGCAUCUUCGUCUACGGUCUCUGGACGCUGAUGGUCUACUUCCCACAGUUCUUCUCGUGGCCUUCGACCGUGCUGCUGUUGCUCUUCAGUGUCAUGCACAUUUCGGCGGUGGCGUCCUGUAUCACGUGUUGA